AUUACUCUACACCAAUCACUUGAAGUAUUGAGGUUUAUCUCUCAACAUUGCACUGGUUCUCUCGCCUUGUGUGGUUUGGCUGUUUUGUUUUCCUUCCUCGAUAUCUUCUUGACGGGUGUACAGCUCAAUGUGCAUUGUUUAACGGAGGGGUAGUUGCUUAACGACUCGUAGCCAAUGAGAGGCCCGUGUGAGAGUCUUGCUUAAUUGCACCGAUCUGCUUGGGCCCCCCUGCGAUCGCUAACUUAACUCUCACCAGGCUGUCACUCUCGCUCAUAACCAGUCGAUUUGCUCAGUGAUUAGCUGCUGCGAAGCUUACACUGUGAGUCUCUAAUGAGUGAUGGUCAUUGCGUGAAAACACGGGAAUUGUGACAGGCGGGUUUGUUACGCCAAGGAGCCAGAGACUGGUCAUCAUUAUCUUCAUGGUUCAGUUUGACUGUGGAUUUCGAGGCUAACACAUCACCAGCAACAUACAGAACUUGUGUACCGCUAUCACUUUCGUCUGGAACUUACUGUUGGGACUAAGCGUACAACUAUACAUCACCGGUGCCGUGAAGUAUUGAACCGGGCAACAAAACCGACGAAGCGAGAAGCCACACACCAUGGUCGGCUCGGGAGUCUCCCGUGUCAACGGCUCGCUCACUCCCUUCACUAUCCUGGACAUUCUCGGUGGCCGUGGGCGGAGCAGCAAGAGCAACCGGACCGAUGCCGAACCGCCUAAAGAGGAGGUGUCACCGAAGCCGUACCGGCGAGUGUCGGCGGCGACGACAGAGCACUCCGCGGGUUUGAAGAUGCGGACUGUCCCCGUGCCUGAAAGGCUUGACUCGCUAUACCAUCCGUCGGUGGUGGUACGGCACACUGAACAGAUAUCCCUUGAGCAUUUUGCCCAUCAUCAUCAUCAUCGUCAUCUUCAUUCUCACCACAAUCAAAUUCCAAGAGAAGAGUUGGCAGGAUGCCGAUACACGGACAGGGUGUGCACCGACGAAAAGGAAGGUUUAAAGCGUGACAUAAUUUCCCCACACCAUCGCCGAGAGGUACCUACGGAAAACCCUUCGAGAGGAGAGGAGAAUGAGCGACCGGAGUCACGUCUAGUCGAUACAGAUGAUCGAGUGAUAGCUGAGAUGUUGGAGGAAGAAGAUGAAAAGUCCCAGCAGUCGCCAGCCUCGGCGACCUCAGCGGCCGGGCAGAAGGAAGGCCGCAAGAAGCGCUCCCGGGCCGCCUUCUCCCACGCCCAGGUCUUCGAGCUGGAGCGGCGCUUCGGCCAUCAGCGCUACCUGUCCGGGCCCGAGCGCGCCGAUCUGGCCGCCGCCUUGAAACUCACCGAGCAGCAGGUCAAGAUCUGGUUCCAGAACCGGCGCUACAAGACCAAGCGGAAGCAGAUGGCUGUCGACAUGAUGUCCCCGCCGCCGGCCAAGAAAGUGGCCGUCAAGGUGCUGUUCAGGGACCCCCACGCCCAGCCCCUGUUCUACCCGGACAGCGGCCUGCCGUUGCCCACCUCUCCCGCCGCUUACCACGGACUUAUCGGCCAGUUCGGCUGCCAUGCCUACCCUCCAAUGUGCCACUCGCACUAUCCUUUAAAUGGCCUUUUGUUUGGCCAGUAACUUUGCUAUUUUGGCCGCUAACAUGGCCACUUACCAAAGAACGCCGUAAAAUGGAUCAAAUGGACAGACAGUAUAAUGAAUUGAAAGUUGAUGAUUCUAUUGUAUAUUAUCCAAAAUAUGAACCAGCAUUUGACCAUGAAACUGAUGCGUAAUGAUAGAGUAAUGCUACGACAUUCUUUCGAUAUAUUGCUGGGCUUGAACAGUAUUCUAUACUAUUCCACAAGAGGCUUCUAAUUCUUCCCCUUUUUUACAUUUUUGGCACAUCGACUACGCAUUCUUUUUUUUACAGAGACAAAAAAAAACAAAUUCCGAAAAAGGUUACAGUUAAUGGUCGAGCAAUUGUACAUUACUUCUCUGACAAGUGAAAAGGAUACUCUGUAAUUAUCACACACUUGAAAACAGAUAUCAUAUAAUGAUAUAAUUCAUUACAUUAAGACAGAAAAAGUUCUUGAUUAACACUCCAUACACCUUUCUGUUUCUGGCAAAUUGUUUCUUUCCUUUUUCUUCUCCUGACGGAUUUAUAAAAUUUAAAAACCGACUGUCAAACCGUUUUCGACCAAUCGUAUUAUAUUGUCGUGGUAAUUAAUAGUACUGUAAUAUUGUACAAACAAAUGUUUAAAAAUAUUGAUAUAUCCUUAUUGUCAUGUACGAAUAAAGUCUGUGAAUAGUAGGCAUAAAAUUG